ACUUGUGAACAGUUUUCACAACAUUGCUCAAUAAGGAUUUUAAAAUGACUGAAAUUAAUCAUGAAAAUAUAUUGAUUCAAGUCAGAGAUGCUCUCAAUCGAAAUAGUAUUAAAUUGUGGGUGGAACCUUAUUGUGUAGGAGGCGAAUCAAACGAAAAUGAAUGUAUUAACCUCGCUCAGAUCUUAUGUCAACAAAUAAGGGUGAAAUAUGAAUAUUGUUUAAUAGCAAUAAAUGAAUUGCAAAACACUGCUUUGGACAAUCUCAAGUCGAUUGAUGAGUUCAACCAGACAGGAUUAGCAACAUUGAAAAUUCGAGUCCCAUGCAAACAAAGUGGAACGAAACUUUUAAAUGUCAAAGUCAAACUCAUUGAAAAUGCCAAAGAUUUGCAAAGGAUUAUUGCAGAAAAGCUUGAAAUUCGCCAGGAAAAAAUUAAAAUCAUCGCAAGUGGAAAAGUUUUAGAUAUGAAUAAAUCUUUGGCUGAACAAGGUGUCAAGAAUAAUAAACAAAUUAUGGCGCUUGUUGACGAUGAUGAUGAUAGUGGAAGUGCUGAAGAUCCCUACGCAAGAAUUAAGAAAAUUCGAAGUGAAGCUGAAAUCUUAUUAAAAAACAAAAAUUCAAACUUUCUUAAUAUUGAAAAUCAAUCCGGUGAAUUGAUUCAUUUGCCCGAAAAUGAACGUCGUGCUAUCAUAAUGUCUUUACUUUUGUAUGAAAAAGGUCGCGUACAAUUAAAAAACGAAAAGUUCAGUGAUGCUUUGAUUUUAUUCCUCGAAGCUGAUGAAGAACUGAAAACCUGUGAAUCGACUCUUGUCCAAUCGGUAGACAAUGUUGCGUUGCUUAAUCUUGACAUUGUUUGGUGCUAUCUUAAUCUUAAAAGUAUAACACAACUGCCUGAUGCUGAUUAUCGAUUAAAAAUUUGUGAAGAUAAUUUUAAGAGAAGUUAUGGUGAGAAUUUUAGUCGUGUUAAGAACGUUAAAGGAUCGUCAGAGAAUGAAAAGACGCUUAUCGCAAGACUUCAUCUUAUGCAAGGUGUUUUAUUAUUUCAUCAAAAUCGUCGUGAAGAAGCUAAAGCUAUGAUGGAAGUUGCUGAAAGAGAAAUUGAAGAGUUGAAGGUUGAUGAGACAAGUGUGACAAUGCUUGUUGAGAUGGGAUACUCAAGAAUUGAAGCUAUAAACGGUCUAAGAAGUUCUUUCAAUUCUAUUGAUGGAGCUGUGAGUUUCAUUCUUGAUCGUCGUCAGAAAAUCUCCAACGCAAGAAACCAAGGGAAGAAAGAGAAAAAUAUUUCAACAUUUCUCAACACUUUAGGAAUUUCUGUUAACCCAAGAAGCGUUUUGACAUUAAGUGAAAUGGGAUUUUCCAAGGAAUUAUGUGCCAUUGCUCUUCAAAAAUCAAACGGUGAUUUAAGUGAUGCUAUAAGUUUGAUUCAACAUAAUCAAGAAGCCUUGAAGGCUGAACUUUCAACUAUCAUUAAACCAAAUCAAGAUUUGAUUCUAAAACUUAUGAAUUUGGGCUUUGAAAAAGUGAAUGUUGAAAAUUUUCUGAAGAUUAACUUCAAUGAUUUUCAAAAGGCUCUUGAUGCUUUAUUGGAAAUGAAAAACCUAGAAUUUCCGGCACAAUUUAUGGACCAAAUCGAAGCAUCAAGUUCUUCAAAUGGCCCAGCAACGUCUCUAAAAGCAACACUUGAAAAAGCUAAACAAAAAUCAGUUGAAGAAAAAGAAGCUUUUGAUGAUUUACGUAAUGAUUUGAAUCAUCUUCUCGAUAAUGACGAUGAAUAUUUGACGUUAACUUUAGAAAAAGAACAAAUGUUCUUGAAUCAGUAUAAAAAUGCCUUGAGAAAUUGAACAUUAACAACCGUCGAGUAUAAAUCUCUUUUUUGAUUAGAAACGUCAUUUGUUUCUUAUUGAAAUGUUCGUACUUUCAAUGUAAAUCCUUAUUUUUAUGAAGAGAAUGAAUAAAAGAGAAUUUUCAGAUCACUUUGUACAUCCUUGAAAUGUUUCUUUAUUUAUGUGAAUUUGAUUAACAUUUCUUCAGAGGCCUUUAAGAUUUCACGAAUGAGAUGACUAAACUGAUGUGUGUGAAAUUACAAACCAAUUUUCACGCAUUUGCAGUGAACACUCAAUAAAAUAUUUGUUCAUUUCAAUUGAAGUUUUU